GUGGGCUGCGUGCCAGCAUCUCCCCUUGAGCAAGGGACACCUCUCAAGGCUGCUCCUCGAGGUCAAGAGAUCCCUCACCCGCGGCAGAUCCUUGGUAAGAGGCUAACAGCAUGCUGAAACUUUGCAAACUUUGCCAAGCUGCAUUUGGGAUUGCUUGUGCUCAUAAUCCUUUAGCUAUAAACUGUUGACCAAGUCUGGGACUAAGACUGGAUCCAGCUGCACCCAGACUCCUUUGAGAAGGAGCCGGGAAAGCAAGGGGUCCACUCUGAACCUCUCAACUCAACGGGAGGGUCUCCUCGAUGAGCCUGUCUGACCCUGUCCUCGAUGCAGUAAAUUCGCCAUCGAAUCCUGUUAAACCGCUGUCUGUCUUUCCACUGAACUUUGUCAAACCACUGCCUUAUAUCAAUAAAAUAUUUUGCCGCUUCUCUCUUACGAGUGAAGUGCAUCGCUCAUCUGCAGCAAAGAGCAAUACCUGUUUUUUCCACUGAGGCCGUCCACAAGCCAAAAAUUCACAGAAUUGACAACAAUUUUGACGUUUUAAGGCUCUAGCAUUGAACCCCAUGAAUUUCAGCUGCAAUUCUCAGAGUUGUGGGGUGGGAGAAACUCUGCCUUUCUGGAAAUUUUGGUCAUGCUUUUGGGGUGGGGAGCUUAUUAAGCACUUUUAUAUCUAUUUUACAGUAUGAAAAUGACUGUAUUAAAGCAUCUUUAUAUUUUUAAAGGGCUAUUUUCUUUCCUGUUGGACAGAUGCUAGAAAAACAGUGGCCAGACCCACCGUCAGCCUGGCAAAUUCGUGUGGCUUUGCUGCCCUCUCUUGACCUGUCCCUUUUUGGAAAGCUCAUAAAAGUGACAGCAAUAACGAGGCCUUUCUCGUUUCAUCACAGACUUGAUGCAGAUAUGAUGGGAGGAGAGGGCUCAGAGUAGCAAUGACUCUUCUGCGGUUACAAGCCUGAAAACCAGCUGGACUGGAAAAGAGUUGAAGGAUUAGGGCAAAUGAAUGAAACUGGGGAGAAGGGACAAUAAUUUUAAUAUGCAAAGGCGUUUAAAGAGCAAAGAGGAAAAGCAUCAGUCUGGACUAUCAGCAAUGUGGCUGCAGACCAGGGAAGCUGCUAGGACUUUGCUAGUUCUUGAAGGCACCACCAGUCUCCAGGGACAUACAAGUGUCUUUGAUCCAUAGCACAGUCUCUAAAGGGUGUUGGCCUCAUGUCCCACCUCACCGCAGGCACAAAGCUGGUAUUACAGGGGUCAGGAGAGGCAGAGAAACUUCUUUGGUGUCCAGAAGACAGCUGGGAAGGCUCAACCUCUCUCAAGUGCCUGUUGGUGGAUGCGAAACUCCUGCUCUAGCUGCUAAUGCAUGUUGCCAAAUCCACAGGGCUCUCUACUGGCUUGUAGGAAUGGUUUCUGGAGACUGCAGAUCCAAGUGCCUUUGGGAAAAGCAAAAAUAUAUUUGAGGGGCAGGGUAAAAAUGGGAUGGGCAUCUCCACUUCUCUUCCUCCCCAGUUGUCUCUAACAACUAACUACUACUUUCCAGCACCAGGUAAGCAGCAUAUGUAAUUCUACUGCCUAAAGCCCUUGGAGAAAGGGGCUGGAUCUCAACUUGGUCAAUGGCUUAGAGUCAGAAGGCGAAAUCUCUCUCCACUUUUCAGACUCCCUCAAAGUGAAACAAACGGGUUACCCUCCUUGGGAGCCAUGGCAGCUAAGAUCUCUGCAGAAAGCCUCCGAGAUGAAGCCUCCUGCUCCAUCUGCCUGGAAGUUUUCCAGGACCCUGUGUCCAUCCACUGCGGGCACAGCUUUUGCCGCGUCUGCAUCACGCGAUGCUGGGAGGGUCUGACGGCAAACUUCUCCUGCCCCCAGUGCAGGAAGACAGUGCCCAAGAAAAGCCUCCGGCCCAACCGAGAGCUGGCCAGUAUCAUAGAAGUGACCAAGCACCUGAGCCUGCAGACGGUCAGAGGGGGAAACUUGUGCAAGAAGCACCAAGAGGUCCUGAAGCUCUUCUGCGAAGAGGAGCAAAUGCUUAUCUGUGUGGUGUGCGACAGGUCCAAGGUUCACCGUAGCCAUUCUGUGGUUCCCGUGGAUGAGGCUGCCCAGGAGUACAAGGAACAAAUUCAGAUACGACUUCGGGCUCUGAAAGAAGAGCAAGAGAUACUUCAAGCUUCUAGGAUGGCUGGAGAACGCAGAGUCCAGGCCUACAUUAAGAAGAGAGAAGCUGAGAGACAGAAGAUUAUCACUGAGUUUAAGCAGCUGCACAAGUUUCUGGAGAAGCAAGAACUGCUUUUGCUGGCCCAUCUGGAGCAGCUAGAUAAGGAGAUACUGAAAUCAGAGAAAGAAGUUCUCAGUGGGCUUUUAGAGAAGAUUGCAGGCCUCAGCACGCUGAUUGAAGAGAUGGAGAUGAAAUGCCAGCAGCCAGCAUGUGAGCUCCUGCAGGACAUCAGAAACACCUUGAGCAGAUGUGAGAGGGAGAAGAUCGAGCAGCCACGAGAAUUUUCCCCUGAGCUAGUAAAGAAAUUCUGUGAUCUCUCAAAGAACACCUCAGCCAUCAAGAAGCUUAUGGAGGAAUUCCAAGACCUACUGGAGCACAAACUGCGUUUAGCAAGUGAACCAAACACCUGCCCUCCAGUGCACCAAAUCCAAAGUGCAAGUGAUGCUGGACCCGAGCAUGGCCAAUCCCAACCUGUUCCCGUUGGAGGGCUGCAAGACGACGCGCUGGGAAGACUGCAAGUUCUACCCUCUGGCCUUCAGAGGUUCGACAUCCGCCUCGUGUGCUCCGCUCCAAGGCUGCGUCCACCUGCCGGGUGGUGGACGUGGAGGCAUGGGGAGCAACGUUGCGAGGCUGGCUGCCUGCUAGGAGGAAUUAUCUCACACGCUUGCCCCGUUCUUGCUGUUCUCCAAGCCACGCUCACGGUUUUGCGGCACGAAGGGGUGGGGUUUAUUUCCCCGCUUUGCAACGAGAAAAUGUCCAUGCUAGAAAGUGGAACGCCCCCGACUUCUCCUUCCUCCCGCAAAGCGAAACUCGUCCGCUCUUCCCUCGGAGGUAGGUUGGCGAGAGCCAUGGAGACGCAGAGCCCUGCUGAAAACCUGCACAGAGAAGCCUCCUGCUCCAUCUGCCUGGAGUAUUUCCAAGACCCCGUCUCCAUCCACUGCGGCCACAACUUCUGCCGCGCCUGCAUCGCCUGCUGCUGGGAAGGGCUGGAGACGAAUUUCUCCUGCCCUCAGUGCAGGCAGACAGCUCGGCAGAAGAGUUUCCGACCCAGCAGGGAGCUGGCGAAUAUUGCCGAAAUCGCCAGGCAGCUGAGCCUGCGGGCAGCCAGGGGCACAGCGGGUUGGGAGAGCUUGUGCAAGGAGCACCAGGAGGUUCUGAAGCUCUUCUGCAAAGAGGACCAAAAGCCCAUCUGCGUGGUGUGCGACCGCUCCCAGGCUCACCGCUUUCACACGGUGGUUCCCGUCGAAGAGGCCGCCCAGGAGUACAAGGGAAAAAUCCAGACCUGUCUGCAGGCAUUCAAGGAGGAGAGAGAAAAAUUCCUGGAAAACAGAAAAUGUGGAGAAAGGAAGAGCUCAUAUUUGGAGAAAACCAAAGAUGAAGGGAAAAAGAUAGUCUGUGAAUUUGAGCAUUUACACCAGUUUUUGAAGGCCCAAGAGCGCCUCCUUCUGACCCAGCUGGCAGACCUGAACAAGGCCAUCACAAAACUCCAGGAGGAAGCCACCACAAAGAUCACAGAGGAGGUGUCCCACCUCGACACCCUGAUCUGGGAGAUGGAGGGGAAAUUCCAGCAACCAGCAAGCAAAUUCCUGCAGGAGAUCAGAAGUCUCUUGAGUAGCUGCGAGCAGAUGAAGUUCAACCCUCCAGUGGAGAUUUCCCCUGAGCUGGAAAGAAGGCUUGAGGAAUUUGUUCAGAAAAACAUCCUUGUUAGAUACACACUGAGGAAAUGCCAAGACAGCCUGAUGUUUAAAUUGCAAGAGCCAACAAAUGUGACCCUGGAUCCAGCCACAGCUCACCCCAACCUCCACCUCUCUGAGGACCAGAAAGAAGCCAGGGGCCAGCUCAUACAGCAGGAUCUUCCAGACAACCCGGAGAGAUUUGACUUUGAGCCUUGCGUGCUGGGUUGCGAGGGCUUCACCUCAGGGAAGCAUUUCUGGGAAGUAGAGGUGGGGCAGGGAGGUGUCUGGGCCCUGGGGGUGGCCCGAGAAUCAGUGAAGAGGAAGGGACAGAUCAGCCUGACCCCCAAGGAAGGGGUCUGGGCACUGGAGGCAUACUAUUCUCUUACAUCCCCCCAUGCCAACCUGCACCUCAACACACUUCCCAGGAGGAUACGGGUCUCCCUGGACUACGAAGCAGGACGUGUGGCAUUUUUCAGCACAGACGAUGAGUCGCCCAUCUUGGUUUAUACUACAGCCUCAUUCAACAGCGAAAAAGUGGUGCCCUGGUUCAAGAUGGGGAUAGGGACGCGCCUGCAAGAAAUCACCCGACACCCACCCUCAGAGGACCCAUCCGUGGCAAGGCAGCCAAUGUCCCCUCUGGACUGGGUGGGAUUCAGGUCUCCCCUCAGGAUCUGUCCUUGAGGUGUCCAUCAGUGAGAUCUCAAAAAGACAUCCAGGACAGAUGGCAACGCGCAACGGCAACUUGCUGUUCAGCUGCCACAUCCCUCUCCGCUUUGAGCUGGUGGGGUGCUACCUCGAGGGAGAUGGGGGAAGACUUAUUUAUUUUACCUUUAAUGGACUGAAUCUUUGUGAUAAGCCUAUAGCUCUUUCUAGCAUGUUUUGUUCCCUUCUGACGUCAGUUGUGAGGCAGGUCCUGAGUGUUCUGCAGAAGGAGGUGGCCUUUCACCAUAAAUAGCAAAGCCUGAUUUGGUUUGGAGAGCUGGUCUUUCUCUGACUGUAUUUCUGAUAUUUAUUUUUAAAUAAAAAUCCAUUUCUAUUUUGCA